AUGAUGGACGAUAGCUCAGCCCGUUUUCACCCGGAACUAGGAAGGAGAUCCCGUAGACUGCGUCAAAUUGAGCGGUUGCAGUACAACCGGAUUCAGCUGUCCUUUUCUGCUGAGAUCGACCGUCGAAUAUCUUCAUGCACUUUACACGAAAUGAAAGUCUCCUUAACAAUAUUUUCUUUUUUCCUUGCAAAAUCACAAAAUGGUGUUCGCUAUCCACUUGAAAACCUGACCCAAGCAUCUUCCAGUUAUUUGGAUACCUUACUUAGACCGUUAAAUUCAGAUGUCGUGCGAGAUUUGUUUUCAAAACUUUCUUCUCAUUCCAUAACUUCAAGAAGCAAUUCCAGCUCUCAUCCGAAUCUUCUUAAACUUUUAAACAAGUCUUUGCUGGAAGAUUCAGGAGCAUUCUCAAUACCUUAUCCCAUCAGUGACCAUCGAUCCGGGGACUCUAAUGAAACAGAUAAUUCUAGCUUCGUUGGUUCCAUUUCGACCAACCCCCGCUCAGGACAUAAAUCCGCUACAUCAUCUAGUGCAUCAGAGCCAAGUGCUGGAUCUGCACCUUGCCUAAGUGAUCUACUCCAUUUGGCUGAACUCUUACUUGCCACUGACUGUCCAGCGGCUCUUAAAAAAAUUCCUAUCUUUUCUACUAAUCAGCCUACUGAAAUCGGUUGGCAUGAGCGUUCUUUCAUUGUUCGGGUGAUAAUGUUAUACACUCGUGAAUCUCUCCCACCACCGAUCAUUGACACAGAGCUAUUGCGACGACUUCAUAGCACGAGGGCAUUUUUCUUUGAUAGCUUAUAUCUUCAUCGGAGUCCAUUGGUUGAAACUAACAUUAAGCUUAACUGUCCAUGUGCAUUCGCUCGUGAGUGCGUGCUUAUUUUUGAGUUGCCUUUUGCACCACACUCAUAG